UGGAUUACAAAUUUGAGUCAUUUGUCAUUACGCCUGAAGUCAAGACCAUGGCAGGGACAGCGCGACACGACCGGGAGAUGGCGAUAAACGCCAAGCGUCAGUUAUCGGCUACCUCAGAUCCUGUGGAGCGGUUGAGGCUCCAGUGUUUGGCAAGGGGGUCAGCUGGAAUCAAAGGACUGGGCAGGACUUUCAGGAUUAUGGAUGAUGACAACAGCCGUACUUUGGAUCUGAAGGAGUUUCUGAAGGGGUUAAAUGACUAUGGCGUUCUGAUAGAAAAGGAAGAAGCUCUUAAACUGUUCCAGCACUUUGACAGAGAUGGCAGCGGCCAGAUUGACUUUGAUGAGUUUCUGAUUACACUAAGGCCACCCAUGUCCAAUGCUAGGAAAGAGGUGAUCAUGCAGGCGUUUAGAAAGCUCGAUAAGACAGGCGAUGGGGUCAUAACCGUUGAAGAUCUUCGGGGCGUGUACAAUGCCAAAAACCAUCCUAAAUAUCAAAAUGGAGAAUGGACAGAAGACCAAAUAUUCCGGCAGUUUCUGAACAGUUUUGACUCCCCCGAUGACAAGGAUGGAAAGGUGACAAAAGAAGAGUUUAUGAAUUACUAUGCAGGUCACCAAAGAGGAGUUCUUGAACUACUACUGUGGAGUCAGUGCCUCCAUCGAGAGUGACGUCUAUUUCAUUCUGAUGAUGAGAAAUGCCUGGAAACUCUGAUUGUGCCAUACCAAUAACCCAUGUGCCUAUUUACUAAUUAAUUCUCAAUGUGUACUGUGUAUGAAAAUGAUGUAUGCCACAAUGUUAUAUGGAAACCUUCAAGGGGGGAAAAGUUAUAUUAUGCUGUAUAAUUUUGAAAAGCUCUUGAAUUGAAAGCUUUUUGAAAGCUCUUGAACAUUGUAGUUGUUCUUUAUUGCUUAAGAGCUGUAAUCAUUCGUAUGAUCUGCAGUAAUGCCUUUCAUUUUACUUUCAAGAUCAUGUUUUUGGUAAACUUUGUACUGUGUAGUUGAGUGUUUAUUGUACCUCAAUAACAAGCCUUUGCAGUGUGAUUUCAUCAUCUUGCGGAGCUGUGUAGCAUUUAGUUGUGUAACAAUCAGUCAUCACAUCUCUGAAGUGUGAGAAUAUACAGUAUACACUACUUGACAGGAGUCUGUAUUUUAGUUGUGCCUGACUAAUUAAAAGUCUAGAUGAUAUUA